ACUUUCAAUCAUUAGUUAUUCCUUGCACCAUAUUGCAAUCUUUCACAAACAGAGCAGGCACCGUUGCGAAUUCAAGUGGGCAAAGGGAUAAGCAUGAAGAUGAAGCAAAUAGAGGAGGCACCGGCGUCACCGCCUCCACCACCACCACCACUUCCAAGGUUCUGGGCUAAGAAGGCUGCGCCGGAGAGUGUGACAAAGCGAGAAAUUGCCAGGUUCUGGUUUCAGAAGCGCAUUGAGGAAGAGGAGCACCUCCUCGCUGCUAUCAAGGCUGCAGCACGUAUUAGAGCACUCAAGCUCUCGGAGGAAGAUUACAGACGUUUUGAGGAGUCCUUGGACAACGACGACGACAAAGCCAAUGGUAAGGAUAGCUCUGCUGCAGCCACUAAUGACAGCAACAAGGAUGGAAACAACGACGAAGUUCGUGUUGGGAUUAAGGACUGGUGGACAAAGAGCAAGUAUGCAUACUUGAACCAGCCAGCAAUAGAGUCCAUGGAGCCUCCGAAAAGGCGCACCUCCGCAUAUGUCCCCAAUUGUUUUGCCUAUAAGCCCACCCCUCUCUACCCUACCUCUCUUGGUGUGUUUUAGAACAGCUGAUCAGCAGCGGCUUCAAUUGAUUGGACUGAAAAUGGUUCAUGAAUUGUAUGACUCUUUGGAAUAAGUGAAGGUUUGCAGCCUUUGCAAGCAUUGGUUUCAUCAUGUGGUGUAUUUCUAAACAAAACCACAGAAUUUAAUUGGGAUGUAGUGUAAAGAAAAGAGUCCCUUUGUUUGUUUGGUUUGUGAGUGCAGUGCAAUCUGCAGGUCAUGUAUAUUUUUCUGUUUCUGUUCAGCAUAAUAGGAUGCUGUCUUUCUGAAUAUUCU